AUGGCUGAAACUGAAACUGAAACUGCUUCUGCAAUUGAUUUGGUCAGAAAUAAUAUUGUGACUGCUAUUCCCGACUUGCCUAUUCACAAUGAGUUGGACUUGAAUUCAAACCCAAAAACAUUCAAUGACCAACUCACUCAAGACAUGAUUGACUUGGCCAUAAUGCUUGCCCCUCUGCCACCAGAAUGUUCACUGCGUACAAUAAUAAUUGAUCUCAUUAUAAAUGUUUGCGACGAUAUAUGGCCUGACUCGUCUAAAGCUUCUGUUUCUGUUUUUGGAUCAUCUGCUAUCGGCAUAUACCUUUCAGAUUCAGAUAUCGACAUUGCAGUUUCAGUUCCCCAAACUGAUCGAUCUCUUAUUCUUUAUAAACUAUAUGCUCAAUUAAAACAUCAGACUUGGAUUUCUGAGCAAUCCCUCCAGUUUAUAUCUACUGCAAAAAUCCCACUCAUUAAAUUCUCGUCCAUUCCUCAACUAGGCAAAAUCAGAAUAGAUAUUGUUGCAAACACCGAUUCUGGAAACGAAUCGACUGAACUGAUGAAAACAUGGGUGGGUAAAUACCCAACGCUUAUUCCCAUGGCACUUGUGCUAAAGCUUUUGAUUCGGCAGCACCGUUUGGAUAAAGUAUUUACUGGUGGAUUAGGCGGUUAUGCUUUACUCAAUAUGAUUGUAGCUGUUUUGAUUCGCGACCAACACUGUUCAGACGAAAUAGAUGCUCGUGCCAAAGAGAAUGCUAAAAAUAACACUGAUACUCAACCACAUUUAGAUCCUGGAGUCUCUCGACUGUCUUCAGCACCUUUGCAUUCUGUUCAAUCCCUUGGUCGACUCAUUUGGCAAUUUUUCGAGCUCUUUGGCCGUACGUUUGACUACACCACCAAUGCUAUUCGUAUUUCCGACAAUCUAAGCUAUUCACCCAUAGCUGUCGAAUCUGAUAGUCUUUUUAUUUACCCUCGCUACCAUCGAGUCCGUGACGACAGCUAUGGUCUGCUUGAAAAUGAUCGUAUCAGACUUCGGAUCUAUGACCCAACCAACGCAUCAAACAAUAUAUCACGCGGGUCAUACCGCACACAAGAUCUACAUCAAUUAUUUAGCCAGUCGCUGGACACACUUGUUACAUACAGAGACGAGUUUGAUAAGCAUGGAUUAUCGGGAUUGUCCGACAUUGUAAAGCCCAAUAUGGAAAUGGAAAUAGAACGCGACAAGACUCUCAAAUACGCAAUUGAUUUGAUGCAAUGUCGAGAAAAAAUGGAAAUAGAGAGAAACGGUGACGUGCCUGCAUACCAGGUACUAGAACGAUGGCUUGGAAAAUCUUUAGGAUGUGGCCCACCACCAUCGAAAAUUGAUCAACAGCAAAAAAGGCGAAAUAGUUUAGAUCGAGUUCAACGAAAGUCGAGCUCAAAACGUCAGGAACCAUUGAGUCAAAAACAAAAGGAAAAGAGGAAAUUGCGUAAGCAGCAAGAAAAAAAACAAAUGCAGCUACUUGAAGAAAACCAAAAGGCUUUGAGUGAGAUGAUGCGACAAUCAGAACAAAGUCUAGUUUCUCAGGUCAAGACACAGUCACAAUCAAAUCCGCAGCAACAGAUACCCAGGACGAAUGAUGAACAGAGGCUAAUGACUGGACGAAAGCGUGAGCGUGAGCGCGGCUAG